UCCAUUUUUUUCUAAAUCAUCCAAAAUCAUCAUAUAUGUAAAAACGAUUUAAAGAAAAAACGACAAUAGUUUUCGCAACACCACCAGAGACGGAUCGAGUGGUUGUGACUUUUUUUUCUGUGCCGACUCAUUGCGUGAUAUACCUAUAUAUUCACACACAUACACGCAUUAUUUUAUCUCACUAAAAAAAUUGAUAUAUCAAGUUUCACACAAAGUUUCAUUUUCAAAAUUAAAAAGUAAACGCGUUAAAAAAAAAAAUAAAAAAAACUACGCCGCAUAGUUUUAACGCAUGGGAUAUAAUUUUACAAUAAUUAUAAAAAAUAUAUAUGUAUUCUUAUGUUUAAUAGCAGCUUAUUUGUGUAGUGUGUAAUAUAACCUCAAAAAUACCCAAAAUGAUUAUCACGUUGAAAAAUUUACAGCAACAAACUUUUACCAUUGAAAUUGAUCCUUCAAAAACGGUAAAAGAUUUAAAGGAUAAAAUAGAAGCACAAGAAAAAUAUCCUGCUUUGCAUCAAAAAUUAAUUUAUGCUGGUAAGAUUCUAGUUGACGAUGACUCCUUAACUCAAUACAAUAUUGAUGAGAAGAAAUUUAUUGUUGUUAUGGUAUCAAAGCCCAAAGUUGCUGAAACAACUACUAGUAAUACUGAUGAUGCAGCUAAAGAACGUACCAGAGAGACACCAGCAGCGUCAUCAGAGCCCUCACCAGUAACCCGGCCGUCAGCAGGCGCCCAACCAACUGACCAAUCAUCAACAGCAGCGGCUGUGGCAGCAAUAACAGAAGCAGCCGCUAGAAAUCAGCCCGAAAGCGCAUUGUUGACCGGAGACGCUUACGACACCAUGGUGACCAACAUUAUGGACAUGGGCUAUGAUCGCGAAAGAGUUGAGCAAGCUCUGCGUGCAAGCUUCAACAAUCCUGACCGCGCUGUCGAGUAUCUCAUCACCGGGAUUCCCACUCAAGGAAUCGACGCUCUGUUCGACGACUUCCCAGAGGACAACGCACCAGAGGUCGCUGACGCGAUCAUGGAACAAGGUGGUGGUGGAGGUGGCGACCCACUCGCGUUCCUGCGCAAUCAGCCUCAGUUCCAACAGAUGCGGAACGUUAUCCAGCAGAAUCCGCAGCUUCUCAAUGCUGUCUUGCAGCAAAUCGGACAGUCCAAUCCUGCGCUCUUGCAACUUAUCUCACAGAAUCAGGAUGCGUUCAUCCGUAUGCUCAACGAGCCUGCUGGAGCUGCUGGCGCAGGUCAACUGGGCUCGAAUCAAGCUAUCCGCGGUGCUGGAGGUAACGCAGGUGGCGCUGAUGCAGUAAGUCCAGCGGUAGCCGCCACUACCGGCGUCAUACCUAUUUCUCCGCAAGAUCGCGAAGCCGUGGAACGAUUAAAGGCUCUGGGAUUCCCCGAACACUUAGCCUUGCAAGCCUACUUUGCUUGCGAGAAGAAUGAAAACCUCGCUGCUAAUUUUUUACUAUCACAAAAUCUUGAUGAAUAAAUUAAGAUCUACCUUAAUAAUAAAUAAUUAUUGCUAAUAAUAUUAAUAAUGAUAUUAUUAUUGAAAAUAAACAAGAUUAUUGAUCAUAUGAUUAACAAUUAAUAAUUAAAAU